ACAAAUUAUACGGCAUGGUAACUCUGGAAAAAUUAGGUAUCCUGGGUAUAAGAAGCUUUUCUCCAAAUUCUUUACAAGUUUUAUCAUUUGAAAAGCCUUUAACAUUAAUUGUGGGUCAUAAUGGCGCGGGAAAAACGACAAUAGUCGAGUGUCUACGCAUGGCGACAACGGGAGAGCUUCCUCCUAAUGCAGGGAAAGGUCAAAAUUUCAUACAUAAUACAAAUUCAUUGACCACCCCUGAUAUCAAAGGACAAAUUCGUUUAGUUUUUAAAACAUCCAAUAAUAAAAAAGUUUUAGCAAAUCGAAGUUUUCAAUUACUCACAACACGAGACAAAAAAGGGGUUUUAAAAUGUUCUUUUAAGGCUUUAGAGAGUGUUUUGCAAGUUAAAGACGAAGAUGGACAAGUCAAAUCUAUUAACAAGAAAUGCUCUCAAAUGGAUUUACAAGUUCCACAGCUUAUGCAUUUAUCUCCAGCUAUUUUGGGCAAUGGUUUGUUUUUUGGUUCAUUAAUCAUUGACAGUAGUAUUUUUUUUUCAACUCUAGUUAUAUUUUGUCACCAAGAAGAUAGUUAUUGGCCUUUAGGAGACAUGUCAACCUUAAAGAAACGUUUUGAUGAUAUUUUUGGAGCAACAAGAUACUCUAAAGCCUUAGGUGUUAUCAAUAUAUUACGCAAAGAUCAUCAAAAAUUGGUGAAAACAAAACAACAAGAUUUGAAUGUUAUGGAAACACUACGAGAACAGGCUAAUCUUUUAAAAAAAAAAAUUUCAGUUGCAGCAGAAAAAGAUGAUCAAUUUGAAAUAACGCUCAAAGACAUUACAUUAGAUUUGACGCAUUCAAAGGAGCAAGUGGAAUCUUUAAAAAAAAAACUUGAGACUAGUAGGAGUUGGUUUACAAAACUACAAUUAGUCGAAAAAAAUUUAUCAAGUGGAUUAGAAAAAUUACAAUUAUAUAAAGAACACCUUGGAGAAGUGGGCUAUAAGUAUACAUCAAACUCUUUAUGUGAAAAUCAAGGGUUACAGGAAACGCUCAAAGCAACACUUCUUUCCAAAAAAACGUCUUUGGAGUGUCUUCGAGAUACGAUCACUCGAAAAGAGUCCCAGCUUGAUCAACUUGUGCACCAAAAAGAAAUCGCUCACUCCAAUAUAGAAGAGUGUAUUAAAAUAAAGGAGCGUUUACAAGGUCUUGAAGAAAAAAAAAAACAAUUGCUUUUUGAUUUACAUCAAAAGUAUAACACUAUUCCUCAAGACACUGUUGAAAAUAGCCUUUGUGCUUUAAAGUCGUUGGAACAAACAUUAAAAAAAGAAAACGAGAAGAAAAAUGAAAAUGAAAAACUUCAAUUACGUUUGACUGCUUUACAUGAAGCUAGAAAAAAACUUAUUAACAUUUCAGAUGCUAAAGGACGUUGCUCUAUACGGAAACAAAAUGUUACGAAUCAGUUGCAAGAGUUACAAGCUGUUGUUACUCAGGAACCUGACCUCACUCAUCAACUUUGUUUGGUUUCCGAUCAAUUGCUUCAAUUGAAAACUAAAGAGAAAAAUACUACUUUACUUGAAAUUCAAGAACGUUUAAUUCUGUGUAGAAGGGAACAAGAACGCUUACAAAAAAUUUCAAAAGAUUAUCUAUUAAAAAAAAUUGAGAAGCCACAACAAGAAAAAUGUGUAAACAACGCAUUGUGUCAGCUCCAUCGGACACUAAAGACGACGUGUGAUUAUUUGUAUAAGCGUAUUUUUAAUGUUCCUUAUUCCUCUGUGAAAAAAGCACUCUACGAGAUUCAACAAAGACUUAAUGUGGUCGUAAAAACCUUAGAAGAUGGAAGAAUGAAAGAAUUGCAACUGGCUCAAUUGAAUGGAGAAAUGUUUCAAUUAAAUUAUACAAUUGAUAGCUUAACGGAUAAAAGUGAGAAUGAGGAAAAAAUUGUACAAGAAAAAGUUGGUGACUAUCGUAUGUUUGAGGAAAAGAAAUUAUCACAAGAAAGAUCCACUGAACAAUGUUUAAAACAACUGAUUAUGACACAAAGUGUUCCAAAAUUUUAUGAAAAGAACAUUCAAAAAUGCAAAGAAUCGGAGCAUUGUAGUUUUUGUGAGGAGCCUAUUAAGGAUGAGAAUCAUUUGAGUCGAAUUCAGAAAAAAUAUGAAUCACGUAUGACCAUAUUAACUGAUAAAAUAAAAACACAACGUCAGAAUUAUUAUGAAGGAAAACUUCAAUUAGAAGAAUAUCACAGACAGGAAAUGUUAAUAUGCCAAUGGCGCCAAACACUAGCUUUGCUCGAUGUUUGUUCGAGUAAAAAAAGCUGCGUUGAAAAAGAACUUAUUAGCGUUAAAGAAGAAAUUGAAAAAAUGAAUGUUUGCUUAAAAGACAAGCAAAAAGAACAGGAAAUGCUUUUGGAAGCCAAAACUCUCUUCAAACUGUUGCAACAUCACCAUGAUGACACUGGAGAUAAUUGCUCGUUCCCUGACGAGAUGCAACAAGCUACCGUUUCAUUAACCGAUGAUGAUUUAAAUAUAGCACGGGUUUAUGAGGAAUUAGAAAAAAUAAAUAAAAAUAUUAACGAUUUUGAAGCUCAAUUACUAAAUGAACAAAGAGUUAUGGAAGAGUUAAGGCAUGAGAUAUUUCUCUGUGAAGAACAAACAAAAACAGUUAAAGAAAAAUUGGAAAAUAUCGAGAAAGCGAAAAACCAAAUUCAACUUGUUAAUGAUAUGUUAACCGAAACAACGAGAGAAUUCGAAUAUUUGAUCACGCAAACGCAAACACUUGAGAGAAUGUGUAAAGAAUACGAGGAAGAAGUGGCUUAUUUGGAAGAGGAGGCAAAACAAGAAAUGGAUAAACAAAGGGAACAAAAGUUUAUGUUAUCAAUAUCUAUACAAGAUUUAAUAAAAUUAAAACAAGAAUUCAGUCGUGUAGAAAAUCAGUUAAACUCUUUUGCUCAUGCCGAGAAUGAACGAGACUCCUUAAUAUGUGCUUAUGAAAAUACAAAACGUUUGCUGCUUGACUUACGCCGUGAACAAAAAAAUCAUGAAAGUGUUAUUGAAGAAACGAAUAAAUCGUUGGAGUCUGUACAAGAAGCGUUAGCUUAUUUAAAUCAACAAACUCAUGUGAAUGAGUUGCAAAAAGAGAAAGAUAACAUUGAAGUUAUUCUUUCAGGUGAGGAUAUGAAAAGUGAAAAUGUUCAACUUUUGGUUGAUGCUAAAAUAGAAAAAAUUCAAAAACUAUCAACAGAACGAGGACGAAUUCUCGGUGAGCAACAGGCGACAAAGGAUUUCAAAAGACAAUAUAUGCAGGAACUGAAAUCUAAUAAAUAUAAUGAUAUUGAAAGUCAAUGCCGCAAUAUGUUGGUAGAAUUUGAGACUGAAUCAAUGAUUGUUCGAGAUUUACAAAAAUAUCAUACUGCCUUGGAUAGAGCAUUAAUGAAAUAUCAUACAAUGAAAAUGCAUAGUAUUAAUAAGACGAUGCGAGAGCUAUGGCAAUCAAUGUAUAAAGGAAAAGACAUUGAUUACAUUUUGAUCCGUUCUGAUACUGAAGAAGAUUUACAAUUAGUAACUACAGGUCAACGAUCAUAUAAUUAUAGAGUUAUGAUGGUAAGGGAUGGAGGCUGUGAACUGGAAAUGCGUGGUCGCUGCUCUGCGGGACAAAAAGUUUUAGCUAGCAUAGUCAUUCGUUUAGCUUUAGCAGAGUCUUUUGGUCUUCAUUGUGGUAUCUUAGCUCUGGACGAGCCAACUACAAAUCUAGACGAAAAAAAUAUGCAAGGGCUGGCUCGUUCUUUAGCAGAUUUGAUUCAUUCGAGAAAACAUUGCGCAAAUUUUCAGCUUAUUCUUAUAACACAUGAUGAAGAAUUUGUAAGAAUGCUAGCAAGACAUCAACCUUGCGACAGUUUUUAUCAAAUUAGUAAAAAUAACGAUGGGGCUUCUAUUAUUCAAAGAGCUGAUAUUCAUACAUUCCAUUAUUAG